AGAAACAGGAAGUUCAUCAUUCGGAAUCGAAAGAGGGAUCAAACAUGUCCAAUGAUGUCAGAUAUUGUGAGAAGUUCUCCUACGUCUUCCUAAAGUUCGCCCUCAUUGUAUAUUCCACUAUCUUCUGGCUGGUUGGGGGGUUCGUCCUAGCCAUCGGUAUCUAUGCGGAGGUGGAGCGGCAGCGCUACAAAACCCUGCAGGGGGUGUUCCUGGCCCCCGCCAUCAUCCUCAUCGUCCUGGGGGUGGUGAUGUUCAUUGUCUCCUUCAUCGGUGUGUUAGCCUCCCUCAGGGACAACCUGCUGCUCCUCAAAGUGUUUCUCUACACCUUGACAGUCUGUCUUAUUCUGGAGCUCCUCGGUGGCAUCCUGGCUCUGGUUUUCAGGCAUCAGACAGUGGAUCUCUUAAACAAAAACAUUCGCAAAGGAAUGGUGAAUUACUACGAUGAUCUGGAUUUCAAGAACAUCAUGGACUUUGUUCAGAGAAAGUUCAAAUGUUGUGGAGGGCAGGAGUACAAAGACUGGGAAGUGAACAUGUACCAUAACUGUACAGCUCCUGGACCGCUGGCUUGUGGAGUGCCUUACACCUGCUGCCUCGAAAACAAGCCUAAUGAAGUUGCCAACACACUAUGUGGAUUUAAGGUCCUUCAAAAUGAGAGGCUGACCUUGCAGGACGUCAUCUACAUCAGAGGUUGUACUGAUGCUGUCUUCAUCUGGCUCAUGGAUAACUAUAAGAUAAUGGCUGGCUUGCUGCUUGGCAUCUUAUUCCCCCAGUUCUUGGGCGUGAUCAUUAGCUGGCUCUACAUCACACGAGUAGAGGAUGCCAUUGCUGAGUAUGGUAACUACCAGGAUGGACUGCUGGACGCAGGAGACAGUGAUGGCUUCAGGGAACCCAAGAAGCAGAGCAGAAUGGCCAAAUGUUGCAGGUGCAUGCCAGAGAUCGACUGAGCGUGCCUCAUGUUAUCUAAUUAGCCUAAAACACUGCUGUGCCUGCCUCAGCCUUCCAACACACUGGAGCUAUCAGCUCCAGUUUUACAACCACUGUUCAGAGAUCUUUUAGUGUGUCUUUUUGGUUCUAUUCAGGGAUUUUUUUUUUUUCAGGGGUUCAUUUAUUAAGGUUUUAUUAGGAUGGAAGGGUAUACAUACCAGUGUGUGCCUGUAAAAAAAUACAGCGCUUUUUAUUAUUAUUAUUUUUUCCUCCUCCUGAAGUGUCGAUUUUUUUAUAUAUAGAUUUACAGCAAAAACAUUUAACAUUUUCUGUCAUACUAAAUACAAAUAUGUAGCUCACUAGCCAGCCCCUCAUAGGAAUUCCAGUAUUUCAAUCAUUAUUACCUCAGACUCCUGUAUUGAUGCCAAUCAAUUAAAUGGGACAUUUUUAGCUGUUCAAAGAGAUGUUUUCUAUGGUGAAUUUUAUGGAGGGUACCUACCUUCAUUUUCAUAAUCAUUGGAGAUGUCAUGGGUUCAACACAUUAAAGGAUUAGUUCGGGAUUUUGGCAAUGAGGCCCUCCAUCUACUUCCCCAGAGUCCGAUUAACUCGUGGAUACCAUUUGUAUGUACCUGCGUGCAGUUUUAAGGAAGUUAUGCAUUAGCACAAUUGUUUUCUAGCGUUAGCGCAAUGACGAUGCUAGCUGUUCGCGUAAACUUCCAGUCAUUGCGCUAACGUUAAUUAGCCUUGGCUCGCGAAACUACCUUUUAACGUCCUUUUAUACUGGACUUCCACGAGUUCAUCUGACUCUGGGGAAGUAAAUAAAGGGCCUCUGCUAAAACCACGAACUAUCCCUUUAAUGGUUUAGGUGAGUAAAAAUCUAAUUAACUUACAGUAAGUUUAUGGUCAGUCACACAAUGUGGCUUCAUUUGAGUUAGGAAUACCAACGUUGUUAAUGAUGUACAGCAUACACAUGGUCUGUUGCCCACAUUUUAUUAUGAUUUUGUACUGUUAAAUGGUUUGGAAGCUAUGUUUUAUGGCUUUGCUCAGUCAGUGACAUUUACCUGUUGUGGGAUCUGCUAGUGAGCCUCUUAAGCUCUUCGCAGAGCAGCAUCAUGUCCCUGGUCUUCCUGCCAAUGAUUGUAUACAGUAUGAGUCAAAAGUUUGGACACACCUACUCAUUCCAGGGUUUUUCUUAAUUUUUUACUAUUUUCUACA